AUGAUUUCUUUCGUCGCGGUCCUUUUCAUGGCAGUGCUGGCUUAUCUGCCCUACAGCUCUGUUCUUCUGCCUGCAAACUCGUUCGAUCUUACAAGGCGCGAUCUGGGCUCGAGCGGAUUCACCUCCGCGUCGUGGAUCUGGCUCUCCACGCCCUCCUCGUCACCUUUCACACACAACGCUCCGGCCGGCACCGCAUCCUUCCUCAAACUUCUUCCCACCCCGCCCAACAAAUCUGCGUCCUCCGCGCUCAUCACCAUCACCGCCGAUGACUCAUUCACACUCUGGGUCAACGGGCAGCCCGUCGGCGCGUCGCCUCCGGGCGACGGGAGAUGGAAGACGGCGUUCCAGUUCAGCGCCGCGCUCAACGCGUCGGACAACAUCAUCAGCGUGAUGGGGGUGAACGCCUUCCGGCCCUUCAACACGAAGAACAACGCCGCAGGCCUCAUCGCGGCGGUUCAAGUCCGCUACACGGACGGGUCUACCGAAGUAUUCGGCACGGACGGAACUUGGCUUGGUGCGGGCCCGAAUAACACGCAGUCGGCCUCGACGUACCCCGUCGGUUUCCCGCUGCCGUCUGCGGAUCAAGUGGGUUUGCUGACCAGCGGGAUUGGAUGGUCCAACGUCAGCGUCGCGGGACUGUGGAACACCGUCGGGUCGUGGGGAAACACCUCGCUCCUCCCUUCCCCGGCGUUCGGGGUGCAGAACCUGACCGGGCAAGCGUCGUGGAUCUGGAACUCGGGAAACGCGUCCGCGGGUUUCGUGGGAUUCCGUAAGACGCUCGUGGCCCCGGAUGGGAAAACGCCCGCCAACGCAACGUUGUUGGUGACAGCGGAAAGCGCGUUUCAGCUGUUUGUUGAUAGCGCCUACGUCGGCGCGUCGCCGUUCGACGAUAACGCAUCCGGGAGCCCCUGCACCUGGCAUUUCGCCCAGCGAUUUGCGGUCCCCAUCAUUGCGCAGACCACAACCUUCGAUAUCAUUGCCCAAAACUUCUCCGCACAGCAGAACGCCAGUGCGGGCGUCCUCGCCGCCAUUCUCAUCCAAUACAUGGACGGAUCGAGUCAGAUGAUCGGCACCGACAACACGUGGCUAGCCUCCGGCGCACUGGACAGCAACAAUCCCAGCGCGUUUGUCGCCUCGGAUUCGAAAUCUCUCAGCAUGGCGUCUGUGCUCGGGUCGUACGGCACGGCGCCCUGGGGCCAGCUGACCGGGACGUCCGAUGUACUCAAUGCUGCGCUGCUGCCGGCCAACGUCCCGGUCGCCGCUGGUCCACCAACAUCCAUCUUGAAUUUACCCCCGCCGACGACUACGACGACGUCGACUCCCGGGGGUUUCAUUCCCGCACAGACGAGUGUCCUUUCCGUUCCGACGCAGAGUUCCAAGACCAGCCAAUCUUCAAGCGCGGCCGUCGGUCUUGUCCAAAUUUCCUGGUAUUCUAUCCUUCUUGUCGGUUUCUCUGCGGCCGCUCUCAUGAUAUGUUGA